AAUUUGUUGAGUAUAACGAAAUAAAUAACAGCGACGAUGUAGUUAUGUAAUUAUCUAUAACAAGUUAAGACCUUUACCAAGUCGCAAUUGUUUUUUUAUUUACGGAUUGACAAAUUUGCUGUUACCAUGGGAACAAUAGCCACCGAAGAGUUUGAUCUCAUGAAAGAUUCAAAAUAUCGGAUGUAUGUCAAUGCUGUUGAUAAAGCAUUGAAGAGUUUUGAAUACACUAGUGAAUGGGCAGAUUUAAUAUCUGCCUUAGGAAAAUUAAAUAAGGUGCUACUAAGUUAUACGAGAUAUCCAGUAAUACCACGAGGCAUAAAAAUCAGUAAACGUCUAGCACAAUGUAUGCACCAUGCUCUUCCUUCUGGUGUUCACUUGAAAGCUCUUGAAACAUAUGAUAUUAUAUUCAAGUGUAUGGGAACUAAUCGUUUAAGCCAAGACCUUUUUAUUUAUAGUGCAGGUUUAUUUCCUGUAAUGGGUUAUGCUGCUAUGAAUGUUAGACCGGAUCUCUUAAAUAUUUAUGAAAAUCAUUUUGUACCCUUGGGAGAAAGAUUAAUACCAGGAUUAAAUGGUUUUCUAAGCGGAGUAUUACUUGGCUUGGAAGAAGGUUCUGAUUUUUUCGACAGGACAAAUCGUUUAUUAGACAAUGUAUGUGCUGGUGUUGGUGCUCCAAUAUUUUUUAGUCACCUAUGGGAAUGCUUAGCUAAUAAUUUAGCUGUUCGACUUCCUGCUAUUUUGUAUAUACUGUCUCGGUUUGAUCGAAAAUUAUUAAUAGAAAAUCAGAGUCAUAUAAUGGGUACUAACGUUGACACAAUGGUUACUGCCAUAUGUGCAUGUGUACAAGAUUCUAUGGUUUUGGUUCAAAGAAGUGGUUUAGAUUUAUUACAAGUUGGAUUCCCAAUGCAUAGUACACAACUAUCCAAAAGCGAUAUGAUUCGUCUUAUUACAGCAUCUUUAGUAACUAUACUCCGUAGAGAUAUGUCAUUGAAUAGGCGUUUGUAUGCUUGGCUCCUUGGUAAUGAAGUUAAUUUAACAUUAUUAAGUUCAGAUCAUCCUUUAGUAAAAUUAAGAAAAGCAAGAGAAUUAACUACAGUAAAAUAUUUUGAAAUGUAUUCCAGAGACUUACUUGUACAGGCUAUAAAAAUUAAACUUCAUGAAGCAACUGGUUGUAAGCCACAUGACUUACGCCCCUAUAGACUUCUUGUGUCUUUAUUAGAUAAAACUGAAAUUGGUCCUGUAAUUCUAGAUGAUAUUUUGUAUGAAGUUUUUAGACUUCUUUAUUUAUGUUGUCAAAAAGACAACAAAAUUGAUAAAUCAUCUGAAUUGAUAAAGUCAGCAAAUUUAUUAUUUAGUUCCUUGGAGCCUAAAUAUUUAUGGGAAUAUACAGGUAUUAUGUUUUCAAAUGCGUGUCAAUCACUAACCAGGAUAGAUCCAUGUGAAGACACAUCUAGCGUUGUUAAAUCUGUUGGUAGUGGUGACUUAAGCCUUGUUGAAAUAUGCUCUCUGACAGAUUUCCUAUUGGAUGCUAUAUCAUUUGAAACUUUUACUGAAACUCCUAGUGAACAUUUACUCGAAUUAUUCAUCCACAUUGCAAGUACAUUAACAGAUAAUUGUGAUAUGUUGACUUCAGAUCAAGCAAGCACAUCUUUAAUGUUGUUUUUAAAAAUACUGUCUAAAGUUCAACCAACAUUAAUACCACAGACAGAUUUAGGAUAUAGCUCAUUGGAUCAAACUACUGAGCUGCCAAAGAAAGCCACUGAGCCCGGAAAAAUUGUUCAAUUAAAUGUGGAUACGCCUAAAAUAAGUGGUGUGAAAAGAGCUCAGUCUCCAAAACUCAGAACCAUAUCUGACACUUCAAGUGUUCAAUCUGAUUCAACAAUUAUAGCAGAUAACCCAUCAAUCGAUUUACAUUCAGAUACAACUAGUGGAGUAUUUGAUGGUGAUUCUUUGAAUUCAGCUAUUUUGAUGCAAAAUUGUAACCAAAAAGAACAACAAAGCAUUUAUAAAUCUUGUAUUAAACAAUAUGAAAAGUUUUUUGUAACCUUUGUUUAUGGUGUACGAGCAAACAUUGGUGAAACCAAAGGAUUAACAGUUUUGAUGGAUGCCUUAAAAGUAAAAUCACCGCAAGCAACUGCUGAAGAUCGAGCUAGAAAUUUAGAAGAACUUUUAAAAACUGUGCUUAAUUUACAAAAACAAACAUUUGACGAAAAUUAUGAAUAUGAAGGUACUGAUGAAAUAUCCCCUAUGACUAUUCUCAAUAAUAAACGCAGUGCUGGGCUUGAAUGGACAAAACCUGUUAUGUUAGCUUGUAGAGUAUUAGUAGACAUAUCAACAUUUCAAGCAAUUCCAUUGUCUGAUUCAAUGGCAUCAUUAGUAUCAUCAAUUGAUAUAAAAGACUUAAAUAAUGAUGUUCUACCAGAAUGGUUAAAAUUAAUUAUUGUAUGUUGUUGUUGGUUGGGAAAUACUGCCCCUUCUCUACAACUUGUUACUAUUGGAACUUUAGUGGAUAUAGUUGCACUCUGUCGAAGCUCACAAUUGCAUAGCAAAUCUAACGAAUCAAGAAAUGGUGUUGUGUCACUAGUCCUGUUACCACUAUUGAAACCUUUUCAAUUAUAUUAUAUUGAAUACCAUACAAAUGUUUUUCACGUUAUUGCACAUUGGCUUUGGUUUCAUUUGGCUAAUCCAUUAUAUCAAGUGCGCUGUGUUGAACUACUUUAUUUAUUGCAGAGCUCUUUGCAUUCAAGUGAUAUUGUAGAAAAUUGUAUUGGAGAAGAAUUAACAUCAAGAAAAGCAUCUGAAUUUCAUAAGUUAAAUGCAUUCAGAAAAUUUUCACUCUUAUGGCAUGUAGGCCGAGAACUUGCCGCAAAUUCUCAAAAUGUUGGAGACAUGUUUUACAAGUCAAUGUUGAAAACAUUAGAUAAUUUAGAACUCGGAGAAAGAAAUGCAAUAAAAGUAGAAGCAGAAGGAUGGCUUCUACACUCUUUAUUAAGAGGUGAUAUUAGCAGAUUAAUAGAUCCUCUUAUACUAUUACUACUUGAUCCGUGUACAUCAAGAUUAAGUGUUCUCCAUGCCAAAGUUAGUCCGACACAAAAUAAUGACGCACAUGAUUAUUCUGAAACUUCUUUAAAUGAUCCAUCUGCCAAAAUUUAUGCUAUUAGUUCAGUUGAUGGAAAUGUAAUGUAUCAUGUGGCAGACAAGUGUAAGCAAGCACCAAAAAUUGCCCCUAGCCGCAGUAAACGUGUCUUUGCUAUUACAACAUUAGCUGAACAAGAUUCUUCAAACCUAUUUAGCCGUUAUGUUACUGUAAAAAAAUGUCAAAUGAUGACUCGAUAUGAACCAUCUUUAGCAGAAAUGUCUGAAUCUCAUCAUAAAAACAUGUCUUUACUUCAAAAUAUUUCUGUUUUUGUCAAUCCAUUUUCUGUUGAUCCUAACGUUACUAAUAACAAUGAAUUUGAUGAAGAUUAUUCUGAAGAAAAGAAAGAAAGUUCUCAGUACUCCAUGGAUAUGUUGAAUAAAAUUAAACGAUUUAAAUCAAAUGUGCAAAACACAGUACGUCGUUCUCCUAAGAGAAAACCAGAAAGUAAACAUAUUCAAAAAUCUGUACAAAGAACUGGAUCAUAUUCAUCCCUUGAUUCUAUAAAAACUAACCCAGUUAUGAAUUCUACAACAAUGAUGUCAUCAAUUGAUUUGUUACACCUAUCAUCCAUAUCAGACACAAUAUUUGCUCGAGUUACUGAUGGCGAGACAUACCGUAACAAUAUACGAACAUCUGCUUCUGCAACUGAUAUGAAUGGCCAUUUUACGGAAAACGAGACUGAUUUAGUUCGGAGCUAUUCAUUUUGUGGAAAUGAACAAAUCAAAAUUGAUACAGAUGAGUCAACACCUGCUGAUGAAUAUUUCGACCCUUCGAAGUCUGAAGAAACGUCUGUCGUACGAGAAGUUCUUAAUAGUGUGCUAGAUGCUGUAGUAGAUGAAACAGUUGUACCUUUAAAUGAUGAAGAAGAUGACGAUGAUUUGACUGAAGUAUCUGAAUCAAUCAAAGAAGAUAUUUCUAUGGCUCCACCUGAGUAUAACAUGGAUGGUAAUGUAAGAAAUAUACACUCUCAUCUUCUGUUAUAUUGUGGAGUAUAUGAUGUCCAGCGAACAUUGUAUGCUUUCUGUACAUUAACAAACAUGUUAAAAACAAAUGCUCGUGCGCUUUUAUGCGCUGCUGCUACUACUUCUGUUCCUGUAAAAUCUCAGAUACUAAAGUUACUUUCUAGACACAGAAAAUCCAUGUUUGGUAGAGGAUUUCAUGGAGAAAUUGAUAUGACUGGAAUACCAUAUAAUCGAGGCAGUAGCAUGUAUUUAGAAUUACUCAUAUCCAUUUGUCUUUAUUAUAUACGAAGUUACUAUCCAAAUUUAGGACAAUCUAAAAUCACCCAAGAGGAUAUUGCUGGUAAUCGUCAAGUGCAAAUGUCCAGUGUAGAACUGCUAAGUCUUAUUUGUUGGGAAUUAAGCGGUAUCGUAAGAGAUAGUGGACGAGGUUUAGCGUGUUAUUUAGCUGAAUUACUUGCAAGAUGUAAAGCACAAAAAGUUGCAUUACACUGUUUGUUAAGUAGUGUACUUGAAAAUUCUGGUCCUGAAUGUAAAGCUACCAGUUUCACUGCAGAAAUAUUGUCUUUUAAUAAUCAUGAUCCUACAGAUCAGGGAUCUGUUGAAGGUAGAAUGAAUCGUGAAUCUGAGGCAUUCCAAGCUCUAUUAUUAAGACUAUUGCUAUCACUAAUUAUAUUAGAACAUGAAGUUGAUAAUAGCCGUCAUCGUGGUAACAAUGUGGUAAAUGAUUCCUAUGCAGAUUUAGCUGCUGAUAAUGUAGAAGGCACUGACGUUCGUUACUUAUCUGGCAGACCAAUUCCAUUGCAACCAAUGUUUGUUACUGCCUUAGUUGCAGCCUUACAUCCAUCUGCUCGAAUGAGACAUUCCCAUAUUAACUGGACAUCGCUUGUAACAUCUUCAUUACCAUAUCUUGGACCAGCCUUGGUGAAUGUUGUCUCUGUGACUGUACGACAGUUAUGUGCUAAUAUUGAAACAUUAGCAGAAGUUUAUGCUGAUAACACCAAAAAUGUUAAUUUGAGAUUACCAGCAGAUUAUGCAAUAACACAAUUGGAAGCUCUUACUGUCUUAUGUCAUUUUUGCCUCCUUGAUACUGGUCAGCCAUUUAACCAUCCUUUAGAUCAUAAUUCUACGGCAAAUUCAAAUACUCCAGCACAGCUGUUCAAUAAUCUUGUCCAUGUCUUUAUUCCAUCUCCUCUUUUAGCUCUCCAAGAUCAAUCAUCUAAUGAUGAAACUGAACCACAGUUAGGAGCAAGGAGAUCUUUAUUGGCAAUUUUGCCAAGAAUUGUAGCCAGCGUUUCUUUAUUAUGGAAAGCACUUUGUACUGGAAAACAAAGUGAAAAUAAUGUGGCUGGAUGUCCAAGGUUAGUUAAAGGCCAACUUUUAGAUUUAUUAAGUCCUAUAGCUGAACAUCAUGGCAAUAGCUUUCUAACCGCGUUUUCAAUUGUAUGGAAAGAGAGACGAUCGCGUGCAUCUGUAUUAUCAUCAACUAUUGUACCUGAAGCUACAGAAAUGCAACAAGUUUUAGUACAAUUAUUAAGUUCCAUAAAGUCGAUGCCAUUGGAUUCAUUAAUACAAACUAUUCACCAAGUUGUCAAACAACCAUCAUUAAGUCAAGCUGGCCAACAAGAUACACAAAUUAGUAUUGAAGUGAGUGUAUUGGAAUUAUUUGUUCAUUACGUACAGCUUGCUCCUGGUCAUUACUUAGCAGAAACAUGGCAAUCACUUCUUGGAUUACUCAAAGAAGGAAUAACAUUAUCACCUCCUUCACAGUUUAUGUUGUUAUCAGUAUUAAGUCAGUUUGUACAUAGAGCUCCUGCACCAUUAGCUGAUCGUAAAGAUCAAAAAGAUCUCCAAGAUAUUACAGCUAAGAUGGUUGAAAGCUGUUCUCAAAUAGCUGGAGCUUGUUUGGAACAGAGUUCAUGGCUAAGAAGAAAUGUGUCUGUAAGAGAAGAUGAAUUAUCUGCAGCAAAUUCUAUUACCGAAAAAGAUAUAGAAAAGGUUGGAAGUGGUAGUGGAAGCAAUGCUCAGUACAGUAUACCAGCCCAAAAUGUGCUAGCCCAACUUCUUGCACCAUUGUUAGACAUAACAUUUGGUAAUCAAGAAAAAGAAAGAGUAUGUACAAUACUCACAAUGAUCAUGUAUAAUGUAACACCUUAUUUGAAAAACCAUACUAAUAAAAAUAUGCCAAGUUUUCAUGCGUGUUCUCAAAUCUUGGCUAGCAUUAGUACGUAUCAAUAUACACGAAAGGCUUGGAAAAAAGAUGCAAUGGAACUUUUACUUGAUCCAACGCUAUUCCAAAUGGACGAUCGCAGUAUUCAGUAUUGGAAAAUUAUAAUUGAUAAUUUAAUGUCUCAAGACACAACAACUUUUAGAGAUUUUAUGGGUCGAAUUAAUAUGAACCAAGCAAACACCUUAAAUUUAUUUUCAAAUCGAGAACAAGAAUGUGAGCAAAGAGCCCAAUUAUUAAAAAGACUUGCAUUUGUUUUAUUAUGUAGUGAGAAAGACCAGUUUCAUAAACAUGUUCCUGAAAUUCAAGAAAGACUAGUUGACACUCUUCGUAUGCCUCAAUCUGGACCCGGUAUUCACGCGCAAGUGUUCCUAUGCUUCAGGGUUUUACUUUUACGUAUGUCUGGUCAUCACAUAACUUCUAUGUGGCCAAUUAUAGUUAGUGAAAUGGUUCAAGUUAUGAUUCAUAUUGAACAUAAUUUAAGUGCAGAUUCAGAAGAGUUCAGGCGAAAUACCAGUAGUGAAGAAAUUAAUAUGGCUGAUACCACUCUUAAAUCAAAUUCAUCGUCAAGACGAAGAAAAAAAUGGAAUCACCGAAACAAGUAUACCUUGCAACCUGAGAAACAGAGUUCAUCAAACUCUAGAAAAUCUACUGUCAUUGAAAAUUCACAUAUACGACUGCUUUCGGGACUUGAUUGGACAUGGGUAGUUAACAGCAACAACGGUCUUAAUGCCAGUAGUAAUCCACAAUGGUUGCAACUUCAGCUAGCCGCAGUUAAACUUCUUAGUGUUGCCAUUCAACUUCCUGCUGAUAUUCUACCUCAAUUUCAAAUGUACAAGUGGGCUUUUGUUGGACGACCUGAACUAUCACAAAAUGAACAGAACCCAGUAGAAUUUGUCCCCCAUGUUUUAAGGAUAGCAAAGAUAAUGGAUUCAAAAUAUGGGAGUCCAAUAGAAGCAUACCCAGAUACCUUGUUGCCAACUGGUUCAACAGCUCGCUCAUUGCAAGACCUUCAUCCAUUUUUUUCUGCUCUAAGCACUGGCGAGCCACACCCAUCCCUAGACAGUUCCAUUAGUCAACUAGAGCAAGAGCUUGAGUUGGAUUUCCUAGAGCCGAUACCGUCCAGAUAGGCUGAUGUUAGUCUGCCUGAAUUCACCGUACCUACGACAAGCUGUGAUGUUGUACAUGUAAAUAAAAUUAAAUUAUUAUAAAAAAAAUUAAUAUUGUUAUUUUUGCAAUGAUCGUUUUAAUGUGAAAAAAUAUUAUUAUUAUUAUUAUUAUUAUUAUUAUUAUUAUUAUUAUGGUUUUUCUGAUUGUUAAAGUUUUGUUUCUUUUUUUUAUUUAAGUUGGUGAUACGAUCAUUCCGUUCUAAUUAGUAAGAGAACACACAUUUUAAAACUGCAAACUCCUAACAUUGUAAUUUUCUUUUUGCAACUACUUAAGUACAUUUAUUGUAGCAAAAAAAAAAACACUUGCUUUGAGCACAUAAAACAUUAACUUAUUAAAUUCUAUGUUACCUGUUAUCGUUGUUAAGUUUGUCGUAUAAUAGGACCUCGAGCAAUAUUGUAUGUAUAAUGAUGCAAUAUAAUAUAAUUAAGUUGAUAUAA